AUAUGCGUACUCUGUCUAGCUUCACGCUGUCCCGAGCUGCUGGAAGGACGGGGGAGAAAUGGCUGACACCAUAGCUGACACAAGAAGGCUCUUCUCCAAGCCUCAGAACCUAAAUGACGCGUAUGGACCCCCGAGUAACUUCCUAGAGAUCGACGUGAUCAAGCCCGAGACCAUCGGGGUGGGCAGGGGCAGACACACCACGUAUGAAGUGAAACUGAAGACCAACCUACCAAUCUUCAAGCUGAAGGAGUCUUGUGUUCGGAGGCGAUACAGUGACUUUGAGUGGCUCAGAGCGGAGCUGGAGAGGGAGAGCAAGGUGGUCGUCCCUCCUCUCCCAGGAAAAGCUCUUUUACGGCAGUUUCCGUUUCGAGGAGAUAAUGGGAUAUUUGAUGACCUCUUCAUUGAGGAGCGAAGACAGGGUUUGGAGCAGUUUCUCAACAAAGUGGCCGGUCACCCUUUAGCCCAGAACGAACGAUGCCUGCACAUGUUUCUACAGGACGAGUCUUUGGACAAGAACUACACCCCAUCCAAAAUCAGACAAGCCUGAAAUGAAAAAGAAAAAAAGAUGGCUCUGCUUGGCCUGGUCUGGCUCGACCCCGCUCGGCUCAGCCUGGCCCGACAACCCAAAGCUCUCUUCACUGCUUCAGGUUUCUCUCAGACAAUAAACAUUUCAAAGACAACUUCCCCUCCUCGCGUCCCCCAAAAUAAUAUAAUUCACUGCCUCUUUUAGUUAAAUUCGUGACCCUGAUCGGUGUUUGUUUUCACUUUUUAAUUGGAGUCAAGAAUGUUCUACACAUUAACUGUGGUUCAAAGUAAUUUAUAGUAAUUUCUCUUUAUGUCUGGAAAUGCCACUAACAUGGAUAUAUUAUGUAUUUAUCAUUUAGCUAUGUCUUGAAUAUAUUCAUUUAUAUAGUAACAUUGAAUAAGACUUCUAUGUAUGCAAUGCUCCUGUAAAGACCCACAUUUCCCAUCGUAUAUAUCCAAUACACCAUAACAAGCAACUAAACACUCACAUAUAUGUGAUGGGCCUUGACACUUAGUUGAUCCACCCUUAAAAAGGAAGCACGUUUGUGUGUGUAUAUCAACCAGCACCUGCCCAGUUAUCACGAGGAUUUUCGAGCAGGAAAGAUUUAAUUUACACAGAGGGAACUGCAGUAUUUCUACGGGCUAUAUGCAUUUUGAGAUUUGUAUACUGCUGUGCCAUUUUUCUUUAUUUUGAAGAUUUUCCAAUAAAAUAGGUGAAAUGUC